AUGCGGCGCUCAACAUUUCUUCUACUGUCGUUAUUAAGCGUCCAAGCCUUCUGUUGGCCUUACGAUGAACCACUCGCUAAAUAUAAUUUGAACGAAAACAAGACCGCCCAAGGUCCGAUCGAUUAUUGGGGAGCAUGGCCGGACCAUGAGUACCAUCCAUCGCCAGAUAACUGGCGUAUGCCUACAUAUACAAUCUUUUUGGACCGCAUAUCCAACGGCGACCCUACCAAUGACGAUAUUAACGGAACCGCAUUCGAACAUGUGGUCAACUCUAAUCAGAUGCGCCACGGUGGUGAUCUGGACGGCCUCGUCGACACGCUGGACUAUAUUCAGGGAAUGGGUUUCAAGGUCAUUUACUUUGCUGGAACGUACUUGAUGAACUUGCCCUGGGCCUACGAUGGGUACUCGCCGGUCGAUACCACUCUCCUCGAUAUGCAUUAUGGAACACUGGAGGAUUGGAGGCGAGCUAUCGAAGAGAUCCACAAAAGGGAUAUGUAUGUGUUGAUGGAUAACACACUUGCAACACUGAGCAACCUUAUCGGGUUCCAGGGCCAUCUGAAUGACUCGGCCGACUUCAAGGCAUCCGAAUACAAGGUCGAAUGGGUUACCGACAGACAGUAUGCCGAUUUCAACUUCAGCAACGUGUACAACGAAUCAUGCAACUACCCUAAAUUCUGGGAGGAGACAGGCUACCCCUUGACAACUCAGGGUGUCCAAGAUUUGCACGGGUGUUACGACAGUGAUUUCGAUCAGUUCGGAGAGCUGGAGGCCUUUGGUAACUUCCCUGAUUGGCAGCGUCAACUCACAAAGUUCGCAUCCGUGCAGGACCGACUGCGAGAAUGGCACAAGCCGGUCCGUGACGUGAUCGUCCAGCACUCAUGCCUUCAAAUCUCGAGUCUGGACAUCGAUGGCUUCCGCUUCGAUAAGAGUGUACAAGCUACACUCGAACCCCUGAGUGAGAUGCUCUCUAUCUACCGCGAUUGUGCGCAGAAGCUCGGCAAGGAGAACUUCUUCUUGCCCGGUGAGAUCACGUCUGGUGAUGACUUUGGUAGUCUUUACCUCGGCCGCGGGCGUCAGCCAAACCAACGCCCAGAGACUGUAGGUGAGGCUGUCAAGCUUACAAACAGCUCCGACUCCAACUUCCUGAGAGAGGACGGAUUGCAAGCAUUGGAUGCUUCCGCCUUCCAUUAUACCAUCUACCGCUCAAUGACUCGAUUCCUUGGAAUGGAUGGUAACCUUGUUGCGGGUUAUGAUUUACCUACCGAUUUCAUCCAAGCCUGGAACGCCAUGCUACGGAACAAUGAUUUCAUCAAUGCUUUCACGGGAGAGCUUGACCCCAGACACAUGUACGGUGUCUCGAACCAGGACAACUUCCGCUGGCCUGCAGUCGAAAAUGGUACCGACAAGUACAUGCUGGGUCUGUACAUCGUCUCUUUGGAGCUCCCAGGUGUUCCUCUCAUUCUGUGGGGAGAAGAGCAAGACAUGUACGUGUUCGAUGCCACUGCGUCGAACUACAUGUUCGGUCGACAGCCCAUGACCUACCAGACCGCAUGGUGGACACAGGGUUGCUUCAACUUGAACACCUCCAAAUUCUACGAUUUCCCCAUCGACAAGGGUCGCAAUGGUUGCAAUGAUAUCACUGUUACGUACGACCAGCGGAACCCUGCCCACCCGAUCCGUAACAUCAUGAAGCGCAUGUUCGAGAUUCGAGCGCAUUACCCGGUCGCCCAAGAUGGUCUUUACCUCGAAACGAUUUCUCAGCUGACUGAGGACAUCUACCUCCCUGGUUCUUCAACUACGCCCACGGUCACCGGUCUUUGGUCGGUCUUGCGAAGCUAUUACCCCGGUGUCCAGAGGGAUGCAAUUCUGGCAAACGAGACUCUAUGGCUUGUGUAUCACAAUGGAAACGAAACGGAAACCUACGGCACAAACUGCAGUUCCAAGAACGCGUCUCUGAUAGCUCCCUUCGAUUCGGGAACCAAGUUGAAGAAUCUCUUCUACCCCUACGAUGAGAUCACCUUGGAAGAUGGACCUGCAGGUGACGAAAACGACUACGGAUGCGCCCGUAAGAUGAAACUGCUUCCAUGGGAAUACCGUGCCUACGUCAAGAGCACCAACUUCGUGAAGCCUGGCCCUACCGUCACUGAUUUCUUCCCCGGACAUGACGCUCGAUUGAUCUCCACGGAAGACACAGGUGAAACCAUGCCUGUUCAGCUUGGUUACUCCACUGAGAUGGACUGUGACAGCAUCACGAAGGCUAUCUACCUUAACUCCACCACCGAGAAAAAUAUCACUGCCGAGCUUGAUACAUCCAGUGUCAACUGUACCAAAAUCGAUGCCCGGACGACGAGCCACAACCUUGUUGGAGAGAUCCCGACUGUUUGGACCUGGUCUGCUAACUUGAAGAACGUUCACCAUGGAAUUCAUCAAUUGACCGUGAAGAAUGUGUCGUCUGACGGAGUCUACACCAACGCGACCGACAGAUUCUUGCUUCGUCUCGGUUCUCACGACAACCCCCUGAUCUCUCCACUCUCCAAUUACUCUUCCACCCUCGUCUCCAAGUCCGACGACACAUACUAUGUCCAGCACAACGCUGCCGGUGCGGACCUUUUCCGAUACUCAUCUGAUUUCGGUCGGAGCUGGAACAACUGGACGACAUAUGAGGGCGGCAAGACUGCCGUUGACGUCCCGGUCUUCGAUGGUCCCAAGACUAUGAAGUGGGAAGGCACUCACAUUCGGGUGCAGUAUUUCUCCAGACUCACUGGAAGUAGUGAUUACAUGCAGGAAGGUGACUACUCCAGCGAUUCCGGCCGAAGAUUCCCUCAUCUUUGGUGGAAUGGUCCUUACAACCAGUACGGCUAUGAUUCCGGACUGGAUAGCAGGAUGAAGUACGAUUCCAAAACUUCUCGCUGGAACUACGACUUCGUCUAUGAAUGGCCAGCCAUCGGUCAGCUGAAUGUUUGGGGAGCGGAUAGCAACGGUGACCCUGAUACUUCAGAUGUCUACGGCGACGUCGGCAACUCUUCAUCCGUCCAGAAGCUUCCCCCAUCCUAUCUGUCCGCCAACGUCAUCAACAUCACCAGUCUUCCGCCGUUCCCCCAUCUUGGUUGGACCAUCUCACUCAAUGAUGCCAACUUGAGAUACGAACUCAUUCCUGUUGGAUCUGGAUGGGCCCAGCUGGUUCUUUUCAUUCUCCUCUGGGUUGUACCGAUUCUGAUGGGCUGCGCUGGUGUUUUCAUCUUCAUCCGUAACUUCUACCGCGUCAAGCUCAACAAGGACGGCAAUGUCGUCAAGGCAGCCAGUAUUCCUGUCGCACUAUGGAGCAAAGUCAAGGGCACACUUUCCAAAGACGGUGACGAUGCUAUUCAGAUGGAAGAAAAGGGCAUGCCAGCUGGCAUGGCUCUCGCAGGAGCGAGUGACCAGCGACGCACGGUAUUGAUUGCCACCAUGGAGUACGACAUUCAAGACUGGAAGGUCAAGGUCAAAAUCGGUGGUUUGGGAGUCAUGGCACAGCUCAUGUCCCAGAACUUGAAGCAUCAGAACCUGAUCUGGGUCGUGCCCUGCGUUGGUGACAUCGAAUACCCCGAGGACACACCCGCCGAACCGUUCGUGGUUACGAUCCUCGAUAAGCCUUACUCGGUGAAUGUGCAGUACCACGUUGUGGACAACAUCACUUACGUGUUGCUCGAUGCCCCUGUUUUCCGACAGCAGACCAAGGCGGAGCCCUACCCUCCGCGUAUGGAUGAUCUUGACAGUGCUAUCUACUAUUCCGCCUGGAAUCAGUGUAUCGCAGAGGCGAUCAAGCGAACUCCCUCCAUCGAUCUUUACCACAUCAACGAUUUCCACGGCUGUAUCGCUCCGCUUUAUCUCCUUCCCUCUCAAACUGUCCCUGUUUGCUUGUCCUUGCACAACGCCGAGUUCCAAGGUCUUUGGGCUCUGAGGACUGCACAGGAGAAGAAGGAAGUCUGCUCUGUUUUCAACCUUCCAGUUGAGGUGGCGACCAAAUAUUGUCAAUUCGGCAACGUUUUCAACCUUCUUUACGCCGGUGCUAGCUAUCUGCGAUUCCACCAACGUGGAUUUGGUGCAGUUGGUGUGUCUGAAAAGUACGGAAAACGCUCAUGGGCCCGUUAUCCCAUUUUCUGGAGUCUUGGAAAAAUUGGAAGUCUUCCGAACCCCGAUCCCUCCGACACAGCGGCCUUGAAGAAAGACCCUAACGUCGAAGUCUCGGUCCAAUCCGUCGAUGAGUCGAUCAAUGAUAAACUCCAGGCCCAGAAAUGGGCUGGUCUGAAAGAGGACCCCGAGGCUGAUUUGCUAGUGUUCGUCGGAAGAUGGUCAAAGCAGAAGGGUGUUGAUCUGAUUGCGGAUGUCAUGCCUGCCGUCCUGUCUGCUAGACCUAACGUCCAGCUGAUCUGUAUCGGUCCCCUUAUCGAUCUCUACGGUAAAUUGGCUGCCAUCAAGUUGGCACGCAUCAUGGAAAUGUUCCCCGGUCGUGUGUUCUCCAAGCCCGAGUUCACCAUUCUUCCUCCCUUCGUGUUCUCCGGUGCCGACUUUGCCCUUAUUCCAUCGCGCGAUGAGCCUUUCGGAUUGAUUGCCGUUGAGUUUGGUCGCAAGGGUGCGCUCGGAAUUGGUUCUCGCAUUGGAGGUCUUGGUCAGAUGCCUGGUUGGUGGUACACUGUCGAGUCUGACUCGGCUCGCCACCUCUUGCACCAACUGAGAACCGCUAUCAAAUCCGCGUUGGAUUCAACGCAGGCGGCCCGAGCUGAGAUGCGUGCAAACUCCGCCAAGCAGCGAUUCCCUGUCCUUGAGUGGGUUCAGAAGCUCGAAGUGUUACAGCGCACAUCUAUUCACAUCCACCACCAAAAGAACUCGCUCACAGUCUCUGGUCCAGCACGAGAGUCUCAGAUCUACUGGGAGACGCCCGGAUUGCGCGAUACGAUGAUGACUCGCCCUGGCUCAUUCCAGUCGCUCUCGACUGCUUUGGAGACCCCCAGAACAUCGCAAGCCGCCCAGCCAUCUCUCCUACAGCUCCAGGCUGCUGAAGCUCAGGAAAUGCAAGCCGAAAGCAACCGAGGCAGUAUGCUUGGUCGCCAAUUGUCGCUCGGUCGACGUUCUGGACCCGGUCAGGGCAGGAAGCGCCUCAUCAAGAGGUCUCUUCGCGAAAGUCAGAUGCUUGAGGCUCCUGUCGACGGUGAUACCACCGACGCCGACGAGGAGGGCGUUGCCACUCCACAACAGGAGAACUUCAUCUCCCAAGAGGAGGCCAUGGCAGCCAUCAACUCUUCCCUCGGCGCUCAAGAUAUUGCCACUCACCCUAGGAACAACGGUCACUCUCGUGAGGAUUCAUCCUCGUCCGCAUCGGAGGGCUCCCGGUUCAUCUCCAGAGACUCAUCGCCUAUCCGACUUUCUCGUGAUCCUUCUGAUCCCAGCACACCUUUCGCUCACGCUAAUAACCUUUCUGUCCUCUCUCUGCCCUCUGUUGUCCAGGACCAUGAAUCACCCGAUUUCCACCUGCAGAAGGUCGAUCCGACCUUCACCGAUAGCAUGGGUACCUUCACGAAGAACUUCGAACAGAAGCUCACCAACCUCAACAAGAAGAACUCGAUCUCGGAUUACUGUAUCGAGCUCUAUCUCAUGAAGAGUGAGCGCAAGUUCUUCUACAUGUACAACGAUGCGCAGUUGAAGAAGCAGCCCAAAGAACGUCCCGUGACCGGUGCUGGCUUGGAUCAGGCAGUCGAGACCCCGUACAACCUCGUCACCGAGGGUGGCGAAGAGUCGGACUCGAACGACUCGGAUGAAAUCGACGUCUGGCUCGCUCGUCUGGGAUACAAGAGACCCAUGGCCAUUCAGCGAUUCAUGAGAUGGCGUGUUGGUAACUGGCCUGUCUAUGCUCUUUUCCUGGGUCUUGGACAGAUCAUUGCGACAAACUCGGCUCAAAUCACUCUUUUGACUGGUCAAAUUGGUGAGACUGCUGUCAAGCUUUACGUUAUUGCGGCAAUCUACUGUGUCUCUUCGAUGGCCUGGUGGAUCCUGUACUUCAGUUUCCCGUCUGUGAUUGUUCUCUCUCUUCCUUGGUUUAUUUACGCUAUGUCGUUCAUCACCAUGGGUGUUUCGCCAUACGCGCUCUCGAACCUCGGUCAAGUGUGGGCUCAGAACUGUGCGGCAGGUAUCUAUGCCGCAGCCUCUUCUAGCGGUUCCUUGUUCUUCGCGCUCAACUUUGGUGACCAAGGAGCUGUUCCUGUGAAGGACUGGAUGUUCCGCGCCAGCUUGAUCCAGGGAAUCUCACAGCUCUACACCGUCGCCCUGUGGUACUGGAGUGCCAGAGUCACUUCUGUGGAAGUUGGAGGUGUUUCGACAGCCGCUUUGAACUCAUGGAAGCUCACAGCUGUGGUGAUGCCCAUUGCCGCGGUCUGCUUGAUCAUCGGUAUGCUUCUUGCUCUCGGUUUGCCCAAGUACUAUCGCCAAGCACCCGGAAAAAUCCUCAACUUCUACGGCUCUCUGCUCCGUCGCCGAAUCGUCCUCUGGUUCUUCUUCAUGGUCAUUGUCCAGAACUGGUUCCUUGCUGCGGCAUUCGGUCGCAACUGGUCCUUCCUAUGGUCUUCUCAACACGCAAAGGCCUGGGAGGUUACGCUUCUGAUUAUCUUCUUCUUUGUCGUCCUCUGGGUCGCGAUCAUGGUACUCUUCCGCUUCUUGUCCAAGGAGCACAGCUGGAUUCUACCCGUCUUCGGUCUGAGCAUUGGAGCACCACGCUGGGCACAGACCUGGUGGGGAACAUCCAACAUCGGAUACUAUCUUCCCUGGGCUGGAGGUCUGACUUCCGGUGCCCUUGCAUCACGAUGCCUGUGGCUCUGGCUUGGUGUUCUCGAUGAGAUUCAGCAAGUUGGUCUGGGAAUGAUCCUCCUGCAGACCUUGACACGAGUUCACGUCUGCUUCGUUCUUUUGGCUGCGCAAUGCAUUGGUUCCAUUGCCACCAUGUGUGCUCGAGGCUUCGCGCCUAACAAAACCGGCCCCGGUAGUAUCUCACCUCCCGUUGGCUCGUCGGUGGAUGCUGUUGCCAAUGCGUGGUUCUGGAUUGCGCUCUUCUUCCAGCUUUUGGCCAGCUUUGGAUUCCUUCUGUUCUACCGCCGUGAGCAGCUCAACCGACCUUAG